GCAGCCAAUGCCGGGACAGGGUUUGCGGUGGCAGAACCUCAAAUUGCCAUGUUCUGUGGGAAGCUAAAUAUGCAUGUGAAUAUCCAGACUGGAAAAUGGGAACCUGACACUUCUGGGACCAAGAGCUGCUUUGGAAGAAAGGAAGAGAUUCUGCAAUACUGCCAGGAGAUGUAUCCAGACCUUCAGAUUACCAACGUUGUGGAAGCCAAUCAACCUGUCAGCAUCGACAGUUGGUGCAAGAGAGGGAAGAAACAGUGCAAGGACCACACUCACAUUGUCGUGCCCUACAAGUGCCUGGUGGGUGAGUUUGUAAGCGAUGUCUUGCUGGUUCCGGAGAAGUGCCGAUUCUUCCACAAGGAGCGGAUGGAUGUGUGUGAAAGCCAUCAGCACUGGCACACCGUAGCAAAAGAGGCCUGUCUGACGGAAGGGAUGAUCCUGCACAGCUACGGCAUGCUGCUGCCCUGCGGAAUAGACAAGUUCCAUGGAACAGAAUAUGUAUGUUGUCCUCAGACAAAGGUUGUGGAUGAGGCUCUGUCCAAAGAGGAAGAGGAUGAAGAUGAGGAUGAAGACUAUGACCUUUAUAAGAGCGAGUUCCCUACAGAGGCAGGUGUCGAAGACUUCACAGGAACAGCUGUGGAGGAAGAGGAAGAUGAGGAUGAUGAAGGGGAAGAGGAGGAAGAUGUGGUGGAAGACCGUGAUUACUAUUAUGAUAGCUACAAAGUUGAUGAUUACAAUGAAGAGACCCCCACAGAACCUAGCAACGACAAGGCUGUUUCCGAAAAAGAAGUCAGCAGCGAUAUGAAAUCUGUCUGCUCCCAGGAGGCGAUGACAGGGCCCUGCCGGGCUGUGAUGCCUCGUUGGUACUUCGACCCUAACAAGAGAAAAUGCAUUCGCUUUAUAUAUGGAGGCUGCGGAGGCAACAGGAACAAUUUUGAGUCAGAGGAGUAUUGUAUGGCUGUGUGUAAAAAGAUGAUGUGCCGAAGCUCCGCUGAUCCUUACCCUCCCUUUGCAGUGCCAACCGAUGAUGUGGAUGUCUACUUUGAAACCCCAGCUGAUGACAAUGAACAUGCCCGCUUCCAGAAGGCGAAGGAGCAGCUGGAGGUCAGGCACCACAACCGCAUGGACCGGGUGAAAAAGGAAUGGGAGGAAGCGGAACACCAGGCCGUUAAUCUGCCCAAGGCGGAAAGACAGACUCUCAUUCAGCACUUCCAAGCAAUGGUUAAAUCUCUGGAGAAAGAGGCAGCCAGUGAGAAGCAGCAGCUUGUGGAAACUCACCUGGCUCGUGUGGAAGCCAUGCUGAACGAUCGCCGUCGCAUUGCUCUGGAGAAUUACCUGGCUGCGCUGCAGGCUGACCCGCCGCGGCCCCACCGCAUCCUGCAAGCUUUGAAGCGCUACGUUCGUGCGGAGAACAAGGACCGUCUGCACACCAUCCGCCAUUACCAGCACGUCCUGGCGGUUGACCCAGAAAAGGCUGCACAGAUGAAGUCUCAGGUGAUGACGCAUCUCCAUGUGAUUGAGGAGCGGAUGAAUCAAAGCUUGUCUCUGCUCUACAAGGUGCCGUAUGUGGCUGAAGAGAUCCAGGAUGAGAUUGAUGAGCUGCUUCAGGAGCAACGCGCCGACAUGGAUCAGUUCACAUCCUCCAUUUCCGAGUCCCAGGUGGAUGUCAGAGUGAGCUCUGAGGAGAGCGAAGAAAUUCCCUUGGAGGGCAAACCUUUCCGUCCGUUCCAGGUGAAAACCUUCCCAGCCUUGCCUGAAAGUGAAGGUUCUGGCAUGACCGAGUUGGAUGGGCUGAUUGGCGCUGAAGAAAAAGUGAUUAACAGCAAGAACAAAGUGGAUGAAAAUGUGGUAAUUGAUGAAACCCUGGAUGUGAAGGAAAUGAUUUUCAACGCAGAGCGUGUCGGUGGGCUGGUGGACGAGCCGGAUAAUGACAACUCCCUUCGGGAUGACUUCAGUUUCAGCAGCAGCGCCCUUAUCGGGCUGUUGGUGAUUGCCGUCGCCAUAGCUACCGUUAUAGUCAUCAGCUUGGUGAUGCUGAGGAAGAGGCAGUAUGGGACCAUCAGCCAUGGAAUUGUGGAGGUUGACCCGAUGCUUACCCCAGAAGAGCGGCAUCUGAGCAAGAUGCAAAACCAUGGCUACGAGAACCCCACUUACAAAUACCUGGAGCAGAUGCAGAUAUAAAAGAGAUGAAGAACGACAGCCCUGACUGGGAAGGGGAGCAGGGCAGAGGGCCAAAGGGGUCCAGCGUUUUGGAUCGACUACUGACCAACAGUUGCUUCGAGAGGACUUCAUCUUACAUUCAGAACUCCUGGAUCAUUAAGACUAUAAUUACUACUGUAGAGUUGCAAUUUCCAUUCUUUUAAAUGGGUGAAGAAAUGAUAAUAUAACAAUAUGAUAUAUAAAUCUCCUUAAAUGGGAAAAUGGAUCUAUUGCAGAUAUUUGACUGAGAUGUAGUUUUCUUUUGUUUUGUUUUGGUUUUUUUUUUUUAAAUAAUCUGAAAAACACCAGUUCCGUUGUACUGUUGUCUGAUACAAGCUCUAUAUAUAUAAAAUGGGAAAUGUUGAUUUUUAUUUCUGAUAGACCACCUGUAUAUUGAGGGUCAUUUGUAGCAGCCUGCCUUGUAAAAAGGAGACAGUUGUGGCUCUUCAGUCAUUUUGGCUUUUAUAUAUAAAGCAGUAUUCUUUAUUUUCCUUUAUUUUUUUUUAAAGUGAAGUUCGCUGGGAGUUGCAAAGAGAUUAAUUUAGGAAUAGGAACUGUGACAGCAGCAUAAGCAAGGAAGCAGUUGGGAAUGGUAACUAACAAAAAUUCUUAUAAUGAGGAAAAAAAAAAGAAAAAGAAACAAAAAAAAUGAAGAAAAACACCCAGAACACCCACCCCAUCCUCAUACGCCAAUGUGUGUGCCCUGCUGCCUGGCGGUUUGGGCUCUAGGAAUCCAGGCUCCCUGGAGGCAAGGAGUUAAAAGGCUUCUAGCAUCUCUGUCGAUAGUUAUUCCCGCGGAAUGUUAGAACAUGGUUUGUGCAUACUGGGGUUUGCACAUUCCCCUUCCAGAUUCAGUUCUAGACUUGGAAGUUCCUGGUGUUGAAUUGAAAUCCUCUGUCUGAACCGGUUUCCUUCAGUACUCACCUGGCAUUAACAGCCCCCUCCCGCUACUACUCCCUAAUUCCCCCAGCUCUCCUGCCUCACCAGCGCGGUAAGUAGUCCGGAGACGCAGGGUUCGGAGCCCCCGCGUCCCUUCUGGUGACGCUGGGCCGUGGGUCGCCCGGCUGUGACCGCUGACUGCGGCCGGCAGCGCCGGGGGAGCUGGUGCACCUGGGCUUCGCUUGAACUGGGGAGGGAAGAGAGGGACGCCUUGGGAAAGGGAUCCUGCCUGCUUUAAGGGAGAUUGGAUGCAUAGGCCCCCGAGAAGAAGAGAAGGGGUGUUGUUCCGCUCACCAUCAUGUCUUUGUAAUGCUUGUAUAGUUGGUGUUAAUGCUCACAGCUUUUUUAAAUCUGGAGGUUCUGGUAACCUGUGGUGUAUUUUUUUUUUCUAUUUUUUUUUUCCCCGUGACUUUUAUUUUUCCUCCCUCCUUCCGUGUCUCUUCCCACUAUGCACAGAUUUACCUGCAAACUCCUUCGUGUGGUCUGUGGGGAAUGUACAAAGUUUAAACACAUCAAUAAACACUUUAACUUCCA